UUCCUUUCUGGACAGGAAAUACUGAAUCGUGCCUCCACUGAAAAGCUGUUCUGCGGCUGACAGGAUCAGAGGGCACUGCUGCGGAGCCCAUGCACAAAUCUGGCUCAUCUCUAGCCUAUAGACCUGCUAUUAUCAACUAGGGAAUCAAACACGCAAAGUUAUUCUUCUUUGCCUUGGUAUACAGUAGAAGCCCUGAUUGAGAUGUAUGGACAGAACCCUAACUGGUUGUGGUCGAACGGGGAGCCUCUACGCCACCACAGGCACCUGGGCAGACUUGGCUCAGCAACCCUGAGGCAAUGGGAGGAUGAGGAAGAAGGAAAAGAGAAAGAACAUGCAAUUUGGACCAGGGAGCAUCCAGCAAUCUGUUGCUAUACUACAAGUAAGAGUGAGGUGUAUGAGUUAACUGUGAGAGAAUAUUGCAGGCUCAUUGCAAAAUAGUUCAGGGGAUUUUCAUUGCUUGUCUGUUUCAACCCUGAUUUAGGUUUGUUUUUAAGUGGCAUGCCUUGUUGUUUUGGGGUAAACAGGGUUUAUGCUGGUUUGUAUCAAAUAACAUGUUUUCCCAAUUCUGCUAUUCUGAAUUUGCUUACCUACCACUGCCUCCGUGCUUGCCAGUGUGGGCAGAUGACUUGUGACUAAGUGUCACGUUCCUGACCUGUUUUCCAUUGUUUUUGUAUGUGUUUAGUUGGUCAGGGCGUGAGUUGUGGUGGGCAUUCUAUGUUAUGUGUUUCUAUGUUGGGUUUAAUGUGUUGCCUGAUAUGGUUCUCAAUUAGAGGCAGGUGUUUGACGUUUCCUCUGAUUGAGAACCAUAUUUAGGUAGGCUGUUAGUUUGUGGGUGAUUGUCACCACACGGGACUGUUUCGUUUGUUUAGUCUGUUCGUGCGUUCUUCGUGUUAUGUAAGUUCGUUUGUUCAGGUCUGUUGACUUCGUUUAUUGUUUUGUAGUUUGUUCAAGUGUAUUUUCGUCUUUAAAUAAAUCAUUAUGGAUUCAACCUACGCUGCAUUUUGGUCCGACCCUUACUCCUUCUCAUCCGAGGAGGAGGAAUUUGACAGCCGUUACACAAAGAGCCUUGCCCAAACUCGGCAGGCCCAUUGGCAGGCCAAAGAGACAGCAGGACCAAACACGUGAUACAACGACAGACUGCAACAAAACAGCACCCAACCUUCCAUCCUACCUUAUGUCGUCCCUUCUCACCACACCUUACUAUUAUCGCUCCUCCAUCUCUUCCCUUCCCCUCUCCCAGCCUUCUAUCUCCUCUCCUUGCAUCUCGUUAUCCACGUUUAGUCUUCAUCUCCCCUAUUCCCAUUUCUUUGUAUGCUCAUUAAUGUGCUAUCCAACAUAGACAUAAUGCCAUUUGCUUGGUUUCUCCAUUCACUUGAAUACCUUUAGACAUCAUCAAUGGUAUGAACAGAAACUUUUCGUCAAAUGUUCUUAGGUUCUCUCCUCUGUCCCGUGUCUUCAGAUGGCCAUGGCCUCACCCAAGAGUGUGUUCAAAACCACUGGGGCUGGGCUUGUACCGAGAGUCCCUUUGGCCCUGUCCACACAGACCUAGUUAGCAUCCAAAGCCAGAGUGACACAGGGCUAGAUGCCCCUGAAAUGUGGAUGGAUGUCCCCCCACACCAGCCCUCUUUGGCUGGUGCUGAUGGAGAAGAAUCAUCCCAGCAUUGUUUAGGCAGUCAAUGGAGGAGCCACAGGACAGAGGGCCAUGGCUGUGUUUGUGUGCCUGGACCAAGUGAACCAGGAAGAUGUUGCCACAGUUGGGCUGGUUCCCCUCUCUUCAAUUUUGGAAUGAGGAAGACAAUAAUGGUAGGCGUCGAGGUGGAAAUAGUGGAGGAAGUAGCCUAUGAGGACACAGAGACACUUGAAGUAAUAUCAGAAGGAGUCUAUCCAAAUUAUUUGAUGGAAACCAUAUUGCUGCAUGAUGACCAGCUUUUCCCCACCUAAACAUGCAUUCCUUCAAAAGUUGUUUGCAAGGGAACUUUCUGUGUUUUUAAAUGUGAGCCUUGUCUUUUGAAUGUAUUUUACAUUUAUUUAAAUGUAGUUUAAAUAUUUAAAUGUAUUUGAAAUACCAUUUAAAGGCCUUUUUUAUGCCAGUGUUAUGUGAGGUUCAUUAAUUAUAAUUUUUUUACCCAAUAAAGUAAGAAAACCUUUGCUUGUUGUCUUGAUUUGAACUUCUAAUGAAGAUAUAAUAUAUGUAACUUCCAAGACCUUCUGACAGUCUACACUUGCUUUGUCCGUCCAGUGCUCCAGUACUCUGCUCAAGUAUGGCAAGUCUCACAGCCCACCAACACAACCAACUUGAGAAAAUCCAACGACAUGCUAUCAAAAUCAUCAUUGGCACAACCUACACCUCUGUAUGCAAUGACCUGGGCUUGCAGUCCGUGGAGUCCCGCCGCACCCACCUGCAGAUCCUUUGUCCAGAAGCUUGCAAAACCCCAGCAACAAAUAACGUUAGCUGCCUCAGACGAUAGAUAGGACACGUCAGUGUCAGAUCUACCCAUCGAAUCGUUCCCCCUAUUCGGACUGACAGAUACUACAACAGCACUAUACCUUACUUUGUGAAGCUGCUUAAAUGUAAUAUUUUAUACUACAUAUCAUGUUUUAUUUGAUUUACUUACUUACGUAGGCCUAUGUAUGCUGCAAUUCAGCUUUUAGCGGCAAACGUGUACAAUUAAAAACUAAACCUUAAAUUCAUUUUGAUUCUUCAAUUACCAGAAUGCACCUCAGUCAGGCUUACGUCAUCUACAUGCGCCACACAGCUAACGCUAUUAAAAUGCGACUGUGGUGCUGAACAACGUUCGAAAAUCUGCAUACCCAAUAUAGGUUGGACAUUAACUAGUCAAAUGUAAGGAAACCCCUUUUAAUGUAAACACAAUUUAGAUUUUACCUGACUACGACAUGUGCGAUUCACCAGAAAAUCAAACGCUCCAGGCUCGUCUGCGAAGUUUGGAAGAGUUGACGGAGUUCACCGAGAACUGCCAGAGACAACUGAAUGAGCUGUUCGAGACGCUGGGAUGGAGACGGGACCUGGACAACGGCUCAGUUCAGGAGCCGAUGGAGGUGUGCCCCUAUGACCCGAACCACAGAGUGCCAAGCAGGAGCAUGGAGAGACACAAAGCCACCUGCCAACUCAGCCAGAUGGGAUACUCCCAUGAGGAACAGGCUGAGAUGUAUGACACCUCUCUGUGUUAUGAGAAUGCCAGCAUUACCAGCUUCACAAUGGACAAACACACCCAGCAACAAGUGAUUCUACAAGCAAGAGCAAGUGCACCGUCAAUUAGGACAGAGGGACUGUACAGCCAAAGUGAAUACUCCACAGAUCCUUCAGAAGUUCCUCAGAACCACAAGCGAGCUAUCUGUGACCUUACUGUGGCAGACCGACUGGCUCUUUUUGAUCACGUGACAAGGGAGGCCAGCCAACAGAAGGAUCAAGCUGUUGCAACCGACAACGAGGACCUCUAUGUUGAUUUGGUGGCCAAGCUCAAAAAGGGUAACGAUCAGAACGAGCACAAGUCUCACCUGGAGCUGAUGGCUGAGAUGAGGGACUACAAGAGACGGCGGCAGUCUUACAGAGCCAAGAACGUCCACAACACAAAGAAGUCCUACACUGAGGUGAUUCGGGAGGUAAUUAAUGUCCACUCUGUUGAACUGUCCAGUCAGUGGAAAGAGGAGGAGAGGAAGGACGAGGUUAGAGAGUCCAAACAUGCCCCUCAUAGGAGAAGGUCUGAGGACAGGCGGUCUGCCUCUACAGAGUCCCGCCAAUCUCAUGUCAGCUCCAGAGAUGGACCCGGCUCCCACCACAAAUGCCACCGCAGCAAAGACCCCAGCCCAGAGCAGAGCCAGGAGCGCAGCCGAGAGAAGGAGAGCAAGAAAAAGAGAAAGAGGGAUUCCUGUUCGCCGGAUGAGAGACCUCAUGAACGAAAGAAGAAAAAGAAGAAAAAGAAGAAAAAGGAAGAGAAGUGAUUUUCAAGUUUAGUACUUUGGCUUGGAAAACCAGAGAUUAGGUCAAGGAGCCAACCACAGCUACGUUCCAAUGUUCAUAAGAGCGUACCACUUACCACGCCUUCAUACUAAGUGCCCAAUUCAUGGCUUCAUACUAAAUGGUAUGCAUGGGUCGAUAUUUUAGUUUGACUCACAGACAAAUCUUUCUUUGAUGUAAUCUAAUGAUGAUAUUUUAAAGCAACAGUGCAGCUCUAAACAUUUGUCUUAAACUGAGAGGUUAUUAAAUGCCUGUUGUAUUAGAUUACAGAAUGUAAAUAAACUGUUAGAACACGA